CUCGACACCUGGUUCAAUCAACAAAAUGCAGCUUAAAUUCAUCAUAGUGACAUUAGUGAUCCAUCAUGCAAGUGCUGAUUAUUUCCGAACUCAACCGGAUUUCGUGAAAACGUGCUUGAAAAGUGACCCCGAGUUCGAUGAUUGUUCCCGUGAUGCUGUACAGAAAUUAUUCGACGCCUUGGGGCCAGGUCUACCGGAAAUAGGUAUGCCUCCACUAGACCCAUUAAAUAUUCCGAAAAUAAGAAUUUUGCAAGGAGAGGGUCCUGUAAAUGUCAAUGCAGCUCUGGAUAAUGUCACAGUCACUGGAUUCGGAAAAACUGAAGUAUUGAUGAGUCAGGUUGACAGCAAAACCUAUGACUUUUAUACUAAAGUACGUGUGCCUAAAAUUAGAAUAGAAGGCACGUAUGAUUUAAAAGGAAAAAUUCUAGUAAUACCUUUGGUCGGCCGAGGAAAAUGCUGGUUUGAACCAAGUAACAUGACAAUAGACAUCGUGAGUGAUAUCAAAUUGUAUGAAAAGGACGGCUUUGUAUUUUUCAAUGUCACUGCAGCUCACGUUAAAUAUUCAAUAGGUGGAUUGAAGCUGCGCAUGAAUAAUCUCUUUGACGGCAUCCAAUCUUUGGAGGAAAGCACCAAUGCAUAUCUUAACGAGAACUGGAGGCCUGUUUCUGAAUCUCUGCGGCCAAUCCUAUCAAAAACUAUAGAAGACAUUCUAUUAGGUUUCACGCAGACGCUGUUCCACAAUUUACCGGCCAAUUUUUUGAUCGGCGACGUGAAAAACAAAAAUAAAAAACUCGAAGACGCUUUCUAGUUAUAAUGUUAAAUUAGAAAUUAUUUAA